AUGGAUGCACUCGACAAAUGCUCGUGUCCUUACUUGGACACUCUGUCGAACAGAAGCCGAUCAAAAUCGCUCCCAUUUGAUGAGCGGUUAUUUUUAAAUUGGGCCUCUUCUCGUCAAUAUCUUUAUUCGGUGAAUGCCGAUUUUGAAAACAAUGGCUUGGUGCACGAGACGCAUGAAAUGCAUGAUGGGGAAGAUUUUAUUUUUCCUUGGAGUUUUUUCAAAGAUCUUUCUAUUAGCGACAAAGGCGGAUCUGAUUUGGAUUCCUUGCCCAGCGAAUUAAGGCCGUUGGUAGAGCGUGCGUUGGAAAAACUUUAUCCAUCGAAAGAUGAACAGGCUUUUGCGCUUUUGGACAUUUUGGGCCCAGAGCAUUUUGAGUUGAUACAGAAAUUGUGCUCUUCAAAAGGCAAGGUGAUUUCUCUUCCAAUGACAUCAAAAUCAUCACUGAUCACCGAACCCACAAUUCCAGGGAUUUAUUCGAAAAACAGUGUUUCAGAACGCCCUAUGGUGAGGCACGCCGUUGCAUUGCCUUCUGGAACGAUACAUGAAUGCUAUCCUGGUAGAGAAUACUUUUGCCUGCCCGCUCAGCCUCCCUCAAUUGAGACUUGGUGUGGAAUAUCAGAAUUGGAAAUUGCGAAUAUUUUUCCACAUCCUCUGUUGGCAGCGGGUGGAAAAAACCUAUUCCCAUAUUCCCAUUUUAAUCGGAUGCAAUCGGUGGUGUUUCCUACGGCCUUUUCCACAAAUGAAAAUCUAUUGGUUUGUGCCCCCACUGGUUCUGGGAAAACAGACGUUGCCCUUAUUGCCAUUCUUAGGGUUAUUUGGUCGCAUUGCAGCGUUCAAGUGGACAGAGAAGAUUCUUGUUUAACGCUGAAAUUGGAUCGACAUGCAUUUAAAAUCAUUUACAUAGCACCGAUGAAGGCAUUGGCGGCCGAAAUUUCUUCAAAGUAUCGGCAAAGAUUGGGAUCCCUUGGAAUUGUGGUAAACGAAUAUACUGGAGACAUACGACUUUCAAGUCGAGAACUAGAUGACGCCAAUAUUUUGGUUAGUACACCAGAAAAAUGGGAUGUGCUUACCAGAAACCCAGCCUUUUCUGAUUCGAUGUUGGGGGCUGCCGUUAAACUGAUUAUCAUUGAUGAGGUUCACUUGCUGCAAGAUACUAGGGGCUCUGUGCUAGAAACAAUUGUCGCCCGAACCCUGCGGUAUGUUGAAGGUGCCCAAAGAAUGGUUAGAAUUAUCGGGCUUUCUGCCACGCUUCCAAAUUUCAUGGAUGUUGCGGAAUGGCUCCGAGUGGCCGUUGGGAAAGGGCUUUUUUUCUUUGAUGCUUCCUUUAGACCGGUGCCUUUGAAAGUGACACUUAUAGGUCUUUCAAAUACGCUUUUACGUAAUCCCUCCGCAAGUGAGGAGGAACUAGCUGCACAAACAUCAAGCACCAAAACUCAUGUGCGUCCCGCAAAGGUCAACAUUAACCAGUCAUUGGACGUUGAGUUGCUUGAAAGGGUUAGGCCCGUCCUUUCUGACCAGCACCAAUGUCUGAUUUUUGUACAUAGCCGAUCUCAAACGAUCCGCGUUGCCCGUUUAUUAUCGCAACAUUUUGGACCUGCAAGCCUACUAUGGAAAUUAGAUCCAUCGCCUCGUGUUGAAUUAAAUGCUCUUCAAAGUCUUUUAGCAUCUUCAAAUGGCGCCGUUGGGAUUCAUCAUGCAGGCAUGUCUAGGUCUGACAGAUUUACGGUGGAGAACCUAUUUAGAUCUCGGCGUCUUUCUGUUCUAGUUUGCACCUCAACAUUAGCAUGGGGUGUAAACUUGCCCGCUCGUGCUGUAUUUAUAAGGGGAACAGACAUAUUCAAAGGAAGUGAGUCCACCGGAGGUAGUGGAACUUGGGAGGAUUUAUCUCCUUUGGACAUAUUACAAAUUUUCGGUCGAGCAGGUCGUCCAGGGCUUGACAAUGCCGGAGAAGCAACUCUUCUGUGUCCCUCUGGAGUGCUUCCAAAAUAUCUGCUUUCGCUUUCUCCCGUUAAUUCGAUCCCAAUUGAAAGUACGUUUGCCACAAACCUUGAUACUCACCUUAAUGCAGAAAUUAACUUGGGAACAGUUAAAUCAGUAGAGGAUGGCAUAUCUUGGCUUUCGUAUACCUUCUUGUGGGUGCGAACUCGUCAAAAGGGCACUCGUGGUAUAAAAUCAUUGCAAGGUGUUCUCCAGACAUCCAUUGACCGCCUUUUAUCUAUUGGUUUGUGUACAAAGGUCCAAAAAAGCGAUGCCAAAUUUGACCAAUUGAUACCAACAGAAUUUGGUGAAAUCGCUUCUCGUUUAUAUUUAAGCGUGGAAACCGCUAUGGGGUUUCAUACAAAGUUGUCCGAGCUGUCGAACUUAUUGACCCAUCUUUCGCCGAAAAAUAUUAUCUCUUCCUUGAUUCGGAUUUUUUCAGAGGCUUCGGAAUUUUUAGAUUCCAUUAGGAUGCGAUCCGCUUCUGGAGGCGAUUUGGAAGAAGAAAAUCUCCUUCGAACGCUUGUGGGAUCAAAACUGUGGCUUCAACGUCAGGAUUUGGAACAUUCCGGGUUUCAGACCAAAUUUAUUGGAGGAUGGGAUAACCCAUCGAGCAAGUUGGACCACAAUAGUGGCCUGGUUCCGUUGUUUGACUGCUCCUUGGCAGAUUGGACCUCAUCUUCUACGAAAGUUUCUAUUUUAUUUCAGGCCUUCAUUUCAGGAUGGGGAAAUUCGCCAUUUUUCCCGACUUCUUCUUCCAAAGGACACAAUAAGAAGCUGGAUGCACAAAAAUACGACUCGCCCGAUCUUCAUUACAUCACGUUAAACGCAAGCCGGUUUUUGAGGGCUAUUUUUGAAAUUUCACUUAAAGUUAUCAAGAAUUCAAAACUGUCAUUCCUGGCUCUAGAGUUAUGCCGCUGUUUUGAAAAUAGAACUUGGAGCUCGUUUUUAUUGUCUAUGGAUGACUGGUGGAAUUCAGAAUAUCUGAUCAAGAAAGCAGGAGGAAUUCCAUCGCCUGAGCUUGUGUCUCAGCUUGAUACGCAUUACAAACUGCAGUUGCAAUGUGAUGGCUGGAGUAGAGUUUCUCCAUUGCAGUUAGCGCUGUUUUCUAUUGUUGAAAAUUCGACCAACAAGACCGGAUCAAUUGACGGAGUUCCACUGAUUAGUGUUGAAAAUAGAAGAUCUCAUGUAUUGCAAGUGGUCAAUGACACCCUUAUUGUGGAUAUCUUAUGGGAUUUAUGCUGCAACAGCAAAAAACAUGAAGAGGUGCAUUAUUGGGCAGUCAUUUCGUUUCCGUUUGACUCUAAAAUCAUUUGGGUAGAUCAAUUGAUGUUGGCAAAAAACCAAUGUCAUCUUGCGUGUAAAGUGACCGUUAGCAUUCCUUUUGAUAUGUUUAAAGGCGACCAAAACAUGAGCCUCUCGUGCUUGUAUUUGGAUAUUUUGAGCAACUCGACGUUGGGGUUAGACGUCACCGAUGUACCUAUAUCCUUGGGUACUUUUAAUUUUGCUCAAGAAACCGAGUUUGAGCCAAAUCUUCAAGACGCUUUUGUGCAUCCAAAAUCCAUAUGUAAUUCCAUACCACAGGAAGCCUUUCUUUUGGGGCGUGGAAGGGCAUCCUUGUUAUUUCCAGCUGUUCAACGCCCAUUUUUGGAGGUGUCUCGGGCUAUUCAUUCUUCAAUACUGAAAGAGUUUUUGUAUUCUAAGGGAGUAUAUUCUCUCUCUGCAAUACAGUCGGUUAUGGCAAGACCUCUUCUUUAUCCAUUAAGCGGUAGCGAAAAUAACGUAUCUUGGUGUAAUGAUAAAAGAUUGAUCACAAUCCUUGCUCCUCCCAACUCAGGUAAAGGACUUGCCGUUGAGUUGGCAAUAUGGGGGCUUUUUCAAGCGAAUCCAAAAUCCAAAGUAUUGGUUGUUGUACCUGACCCAUUUUUUUCUUAUCAGCUAAUCCAACAAUGGUCUUUUGUUGAUUCAAUUGCCGGAAUUCUUGGUAUUUCACCAUCCUCUUCAUUAGAAGGGUCGCUCAUCGUUUCUAGUCCAGUGGAAAUCUUGAAAUGGAACUCGACUCAAUUUUCGCUGUUGAAUAGUCAUAAAGACAUCCCGCUUUUGGUUGUCGUAUUUGAUGUUGAAAAGAUUGGAGAUUGUGCAGAGUUUGAGGCUUCUUUAACUCUCUUGAGAUAUUGGACACAUUUUCUUCCGCUCUGUCGUUGGUUAGUAUGUGGCAGGCCAUUUUCAUCGGCCCCUGAUGUGGUCAGGUGGUUGGGUUUGCAUGAAUCGCUUUCAUGGUGCAUGUUUUGCGGGCCUGAGGUUGCUCUUUCUCCUCAACCGCAAAUUACAACACGAAGCACCAAUCGAAUGCCCGGCGCAAUCGCUAUUGAGAUUUCCAGAAUCAUGCCCUCUGAUGCGCUGCUCGUUGUUUGGGUACAUUCGAGACGCUUUUGUAGGUCAUUGGCCUCAAAAUUAUCGAUGAUACUUGCUCGCAGCCAAAUUGGAUUUUCGGAUGAAUCCAUUUUUUCUUUUAAAGACGAGCUACUGCAAAGGACAAUUUCUCAAAGUGGGGUUGCCUUCUUACUGCCGUUUGAAAAGGAUUCCCUAAUAUGUUCAAGUGUGUUUAUCAAAGUGCUAAUAGUGGCCAUCACAUCCUCCCAUUCAUCGUCCUCAUCUUUAUUUAGUACCGUUCAUAAAAUAUCAUCUGGUCGCCCAAUCGAUAGCGUGAUAAUUUUGCCGCAUUUGCAAACGGCCUCUUCAGUCGAGGCUUCUUUAUAUUAUUCGGCUUGCCAUCUUUCUCAAAUGGUAUCUAUCGCCAAGGGCUCCCCCGGCCAUAGACGGCCAAAGAGCAUAUUUAUGGGGCCUUCCUUUUUAUGUUCCAUUGCGUCAUCGUUAAUCCAAGCUGAAAACGGGUAUAAAUUGCCGAUUGAGAGCAAGCUUUGUGUGGCUUCUUUUGGCGAACAAAAGCCGCCUCCUUACGAGCACGCAUUAAGCAUAGACGCAUUUCUGAUGGCUUCGCUUAUUGCCUCUAGACAGUUUAGUGAAGUGGCACACUUUACCAUUCCCAUCUGCGAAAUCGAAUCUCUCUUUAAAUGGACGUUUUUAUUCCAGAGAUUGCAAUCUAACCCGUCGUUUUAUGAUUGGAGCAGUAUUUCUGCCCUUGUAAAAGAGAGUCUCAUUGUGCUAAAUGCUCAAGGUUGUAUUUCUUUCAAUGCAAGCUCCGAUUUUAUCACCGUACUUCCGGCCUGCAGGCUGGCUGCUCUUCACUCCUUUUCUCCGGAAACAAUUUCUAAACUAGACAAAGGACUGCUUUCAUUGUGGAAACAUACAUACUGA